AAUGUCAAAUUGUGUGUUAAGAAAUAUUGUUGUUUUUUUGAGUGAAAAUUGCGUUAAGUAGGAUCAUGAAAUUCAGGAAUCAAACUCUUUUUAUGCAGAAUUGUGUUCAGUGUCGAAGAUGCUAUUGCAAUAUGUUACCUUCAAGUGAAGUUAAGAUUAUACGGCGCAAGAAAACAGAACCUAACCUCAAAGUUGAUAAAGUUGAACCGAAAUUUGAAAAUGUUUCUAAAGAAUUUCGAGUAAAUGAUUUUAAUAUUCAGAUGAUAUCAAAAAAUAUAUAUGAACAGCUUUUUAAGACUCCAAGUGAUCCUUUACAUCCAGAUGUAAUUAAAAGUUGCCAGGAAAAUUUGUUAAAGCAUGGCAUAAAUUACAAACAGCAGACAUAUCUGCCCGACGUGGAGUUGAAGCUGCCGAAAUUGGAGGGAAAAGAUGUUGUCGAGCACUUCUAUAACAUUGGGGAAGAAUACAGUGCCCCUUACAGGAAUUUGUUGAAGCAGAUAGCUGGAUGUGAGCUUCCUCCUAUGCCAAAGAAAUGGUUGAAACAGUCAGGCUGGACAAAAUACUCUGGAGACACAGCGGAACCGGUUCCAUGUCCGUCAGAUGAUGCGCUGGUGUUGGACGUGGAGGUGCUCAUGUCUGCCGGUAGCAUGCCCACAUUGGCCUGUGCUGUUUCUCCUACGGCUUGGUACGGCUGGCUGAGCAAGUCAGUCGUAGGCGAUGAGGCUCACAAACACCACGAGACCAUGAACUAUGACGAGCUGAUCCCCUUGGAGACGGACGGAGACCAGCCGGUGGGGGAGCUGGCGCGGCCGAGGGUGGUGGUGGGGCACAACGUCUCAUACGACAGGAUUAGGGUGAAAGAACAAUACUGGUUACAGAAAACAGGUGUCCGCUUCAUGGACACAAUGUCGAUGCACAUAUGUGUGAGUGGCGUCACGAGCUACCAGCGGACGGUCCUGAAAACUAAGAAUAAGGAGCCACAUCCCAGUGAUGACGAUUGGAUGGAGAUCAGCUCCCUGAAUAGUCUUAGUGAGGUACACAAUCUAUAUUGCGGCUCGCCCAUAGACAAAUCGACUCGCGACAUAUUCGUGGACGGCGAUCUGAAUGACGUGCGAGACAACUUGCAGGAGUUGAUGCGGUACUGCGCAAGCGACGCGGCCGCCACCUGGCGGGUCCUGCGCGAGUUACUGCCGCUGUUCUUGGAGAGAUUUCCGCAUCCGGUUACGCUCUAUGGUAUGCUGGAAUUAGGUUCGGCCUACCUUCCCGUAAACUCAAACUGGCUGCAAUACAUAGACUCAGCGGAAACAGUUUUCGAAGAUUUAAAAUUAGAAUCACGACAGCUGCUUUCUCAAAAAGCUGACGAAGCGUGCCGCCUCAUGGGGAACGAAGCGUACAAGAAAGAUCUAUGGAUGUGGGACCAAGACUGGUCGACGCAAAAACUCAAAUUAAAAAAGAAUACAAAAAAGAAAAAAGAUUCUGUACAGCCAGUAGAAACUGCCAGUGAUAUUGUAAAAGCCAAAGAAAUAAAAAAUAAUGUAUCUAAGAUUUUAAAUGAAGAAUUCGUUAGAAGUUUUGAAUUUAGCGGUGACGUUCCCGAGGCAAAGGAAUUUAAGGAGUUAAGCCAAAAGUUUGCGUAUUUAUACGAUAUGAAAGAAUUGUUGCCAGUUAAAAGACCUUAUUUGGCAGGGUACCCGGCCUGGUACAGGAAACUCUGUACAAAGCCAGGGAAAGAUCCUGAUUGGACGCCGGGAGCUCAUAAUAUCACUACUAGUAUGCAGGUGACACCCAAACUCCUGCGGCUGUCGUGGGAAGGCUACCCCCUCCACCACAUCAAGGGAGAAGGCUGGGGCUUCCUCGUGCCGUUCAGCCGGCGGCCCGAUGAGGAAUGUGAGGAACCUUCCUUGCCGCUCGAGGAACUUUUGGCAGCUUGUCCUAUGGCCUUCGUGAAGGAAGCGAGGGGCAGUGAUGAUGUGUAUGGCCUGACUAAAACUGUUGAGGAGGAUUUCGGUCGUCGCGCGUACUACGCCCGCAAGAGAGUGGACGAGCAGGCGGCCGCCAACCAAUACCACGGGCUCGGGGUGUGGUGCGGGAAAGAGAUACAAGGUUGCUGCCACUUCCUAAGACUGCCCCACAAGGAUGGGCCCAAAUACAAAGUGGGGAACCCCCUCGCGCGCGACUUCCUCGACAUGUUCAGUCAGAACGUGCUCACGGCGCAAGGCAACGACGCAGAGAAGGUCCUAACAUUCGGUCGCAUGAUGUCGUACUGGCGUAACAACAGGGAGCGCAUUAUGGGCCAGCGGGUUGUGUGGUUGCCGCCUCAUCUGCUGCCGGAACAUCUGCAAGAUGGCGGCAAGAAGUACGGCGCGAUAGUGCCUCAGGUUGUCGCUUGCGGAACGCUCACUAGGCGAGCCAGUGAGCCAACAUGGAUGACGGCCAGUAACGCUGAGAGGUCGCGGGUGGGGUCAGAGUUGCGGGCCAUGGUGCAGGCCCCGCCGGCGCACAGCUUCGUGGGGGCCGACGUUGAUUCUCAGGAGCUGUGGAUAGCGGCGCUGCUGGGCGACAGCAGCGCGGGCGGAUGCGGCGGCUCAGCGUUCGGCUGGGCCGUGCUGGCGGGGGACAAGCGGCGCCGCUCCGACCUGCACUCGCUGGUGGCGGCCGCCGCCGGAGUCUCGCGCGACCACGCCAAGGUCAUCAACUACGCGAGGAUAUAUGGCGCGGGCCAGAACUUCGCCGAGCGACUGCUAAAACAGUUCAACCCGACGAUGUCCAUCUCCGAAGCCAAGAGCAAGGCGGCCAAGAUGUACACUAGUACCAAAGGACGAAGGGUUUACACCUUGAAGAAGAAGUACACGGAAGGAUUCUUGGACGAGGAUGGUGAACAACAGGCGGUAGAAAUGACUGGCUACCAAGCGAUGCGGCUCGCGAAACUGAGCGGGAAGAGAGUCGAGGACAUGUUCGAGAGGCCGCGGUGGGUGGGCGGCACCGAGUCUGACAUGUUCAACAAGCUGGAGGACAUUGCUGAGUCUGAAUCUCCAUCCACGGCGUUCCUGAGCGGUCGUCUGUCGCGGGCACUAGAGCACGCGCACGGCCGCUGGGGCGGGACUCGUCUGAACUGGGCCGUGCAGAGCGCGGCGGCUGACUUCCUUCAUCUGAUGCUGGCCAGUAUGCGGCAUUUGGCGCCCAAUGCCAGAUUUUGCCUCAGUUUCCACGACGAAGUGAGGUACCUGGUGCCAGAAGAACACAAGUACGAAACAGCGCUGGCGUUGCAGAUAACCAAUCUGCUGACCAGAGCAUUCUGCUCACAAAGGGUUGGUAUUAACGACUUGCCACUGUCCGUGGCGUUCUUCACGUCCGUGGAGGUGGACCGAGUGCUGCGGAAGGAGGCCGACAUGGACUGCGUCACGCCCUCCAACCCGCACGGGCUGGAGAAGGGAUACGGCAUCCCCAACGGAGAGUCCUUAAAUAUAUUCGAUGUGUUGGAAAAGUGCAAAAUAAAAACAUAAAUAUUUUU